AUGGAUUCCUCGUAUCUCCUAGUUUGCCUUUUAAAUGCCUUUUUAUUCUACACCGCCACCAUGCUAAACAUUGUUACAAUCCACGCCAUAAGAAAAACUCCGUCCUUGUCAAAGAAUUUAAAAACAUUGCUCCUUAGUCUGGCUGUUUCUGAUCUUGGUGUUGGUUUAGUGGUACAACCUUUGAAUGUGGCAAAUCUUAUUAUGGAGUCGAAGCUAAACAAUGAAACUAGCAAAACGUAUAAUGUCAUCUUUAUCAAUCAAUCAAUCAAUCAAUAAAGCUUUAUUAACGGUAUCACUUCAUUAAAAAUGCUCUUCCAGUGAGCCGUUUACAAAACAAAAUUUUCAGAGAAACUACAUUAAUGAUAAAAUAUAUCUAUAUAUUAAGAAAAUCUAUCCUAUAAUUAAUCACACAAAAAUCAAUCAACCUUAAAGGUAUAUUAAAUAACUAAAAUAAAAAUUCUAUCUCAACUCUCUCAAGGCAAUACCUGGUUCAUGACAAAGAUAGGGCAGACUUGAAAGAGUUGAGAUUUAUCUCGUCUUUAAGCACAUUUUCUAGGCCAUUCCACAUGACUGCUCCCCUAUAGCUAAAGGCCCUCUUAGCAGCUUCAGUACGGGGCCUUGGUACAAAAAUGUUGUUUGAGGCACCUCGCACGUUGUAGGAAUGAACCCCAGAGGUUGGUUUAAACAUGUUCUUUAAACUCUCAGGGUAAAGGUUAUUUAGAGAUUUAAAAACACUUAUUGCGAGCUGUUUAGAGCGUCUUUGCUCAAGGGUAUCCCAUCUCAAGUCUUGGAGGAUAUCCGCAGAUCUUGUAUUAUAAUCACUAAAUGUUAUAAUUCUCCCAGCCCUAUUUUGCAAUCUCUGGAGUCGGUCACACAGACCUUUUCCCAUACAUCCCCAGACUUCGGAGCAAUAAUCAAAAAUAAGGAGCGACUAAGGCAUCAUACAUUUUCAGUAGGGUUUGGCGAGGCACCAGGGAACGAAUACGUUUUAAGGCCCCUAUACCUGCAGAUACCUUUUUACAGAUGGUAUCUACAUGGGAUUGCCACCCCAAUGCCUCGUCAACCUCUAUUCCCAGAUACCUAUAAUUAGUCACCCGAGUCAAUUGUUGACUAUUAACAGUAACGUUUAAGUCACCAUUUAAAUGCCUUAGUCGGUAGUGGCUUCCAAUUAUCAUAUAUUUUGUCUUUUUGACAUUUAAUGUGAGUUUAUUGGAUUUCAGCCACUUUUGAACCUCAUCCAAGUCUUUGUUUAACUUUUCUUCAAGAGUUGCGGGGUCAUAGGCGGAAAGGGUAAGCGAGGUGUCAUCAGCAUACAUGAGUGCAGAUGAUGACAGCUCGCAUUCUUGUAGGUCAUUUAUAUAAAUGAGAAACAACAAGGGUCCAAGUACAGAACCUUGUGGGACCCCAUAACUAACAGGAAGAUAGUCUGAUAGAGUUCCAUUUACAUAAGUACUCUGAAAGCGAUUUGAUAGGUAUGAUUUGAACCACUGAACUGCAUGCGGGUCGAGACCAUAAAGUUGCAGUUUUUUUAACAAUAUGCUGUGGUCAACCGUAUCAAAGGCUUUCUUAAGAUCCAGAAAGAGUACACUGUUAAUUAGGCCAUCAUCAAUAUUUAAGUACCAGUUGUUAGUAGCUUCAAGCAAGGCAGUCAAAGUAGAAUGCAUCGGUCUGAAGCCAUGCUGAGAAACUGUCAGCAAAUUAUUGUGAGUUAGGUACUCAUAAAGUUGUUUGAAGAUAACCUUUUCGAUUAUUUUACUGACAACUGGUAGAAUAGAUAUAGGUCUAUAGUUAUUAGGAUCAGACUUAAUAUCCUCCUUAUAUAAAGGUAAUACUUUGGAAAUUUUCCACUCGUCUGGAAAAUACCCACACCUAAUGGAUAGGUUAAUUAUAUGGGUGAGAGAAGGCACGAUUUCAGGACAAGCUUCUUUCAAAAGCCUUGCAGAAAUACCAUCUAGGCCUGUAGCCUUGUCGACUCGAAGCGAACUCACUAAACGGUGAACAACACCGCAGUGAGUCUCGUUCAGGGUAAAACCAGAAUUUGAUGGCGUAAUGUAGUCCUCAAAACAAACACUAGUUUUUUAUCGCGUAUCUUGUCCCGGCGAAUUUACUUGCUCUCGCUACGCUGUUUCUCGUCAUUGUUCUUUGUGCAGAGAGAUUUAUAGCCAUUCAUUAUUACCUUAGAUAUCAAGAACUUGUGACACACAAGCGAGUUGUUGCUGUUGUCGUCUCAAUUUGGGUAUUAAGCGGACUGUUUUCGCUGGUAAGGCUGUUGAUCCCAAAGAGUAUUAUGUACGUGGUUUUUGGCAUUACAAACCUUGCAUGUAUUAUAGCUGCCACUUUCUUCAGUGUCAGAAUUUACUUGUCCGUGCGACUUCACAUGAACCAAAUACAAGUGCUGGAGCUACAACUUGCACCACAGAACGCUCAAAUGGUUAACGUUCGAAGGAUGCAAAAGUUUGCGAUGAUGUCAGUUUACGUUUGCCUCGUCUUAAUGCUUUGCUAUCUGCCAAACAUUUGUACACUCUUUUCUAUUGCCUUCACUUCUAGACCAAGCACUUGCAUAGAGCAUUUACAGUUUUACACUGUGACACUGGAGUUCCUUAAUUCGUCCCUUAAUCCUGUGAUCUACUGCUGGAAGAUGAAACACAUCCGACACAAGAUCAUUGGCUUCAUACGAAAUGCAUUUACGAAACAAAAAUAA